AUGGCUGGUGAUACAGCAUCUUCCUUCUCCACUUGCAUGGCCAUCUUCUUUUCUUUGCUCCUAGUUUCUCACUUCACUAUGGCCAUGCUAGAAUCUCCUUUAACUUCUACCAAGGAGGGUGCUAAGAAGAGGAACACCAUGGUAACUGCUUCAGCUAGAGAAGGUGGUAGUACACAAAAUUCCAAGGAUAUGGCUCUAAGAGAUGCUAACAAAGGCAUUCAUGCUCAUGAUCAACAGCAGGGUCCAAAGAGAGGACAUUCUAGAUCCCCAAGGCCACCAUUUCAGUGGCAAAACAAGAUCUUCAAUGCCAGUGCACAUGAAGUCCCCAGUGGUCCAAACCCCAUUUCAAACAGGUAA